CAGUGUGUUAAGCGAGUAUCUUGGUUUCAAAAGUACAACACAGCAUGUUUAACAUCGUCUUCUUAUUGGCGGCCGCUGCCAUCUGUGUCAAUGCGGAAGUCGGCCUCGUUUGCACAGACCACGCCCAGUGUGGGGCCGGAGAAUGUUGCCAGAUUUUGAGUGAGUUCAUGGUGAUGAGCAGGAGGGCCGGGCCAGGCACGUGCCAGAUGUACUCACUGGAGGGCGAGCCUUGCGGCCUGUACGACAAGAUGAACGGCUACUGCAGCUGUACCCCCGGGACCUCAUGCGUGGCCCGGGAGGUCCCCAUACCCCCCACCCCAGCGGUCCAGAAGCGGAGGCCGGCCCCACCCCACCCCGGGUACAUGUACAAUGUCACGUGUGUGAGAGACGCCAAUUAAAAUUUCUUGUCAC